CCAUGAUACCAGUUAUCACGGCGUCGCCAGUGUGCAAUUCCAUGGCUCCUCAACAAGCCAUCUCGCCUCGGCAUCUCCAGGACCCCCAUUCGUCGAGAAUGUCCCCGCCUGUUGACGACUUGGAUGCGGUCGCGCUAGUGCCUCCGACAGCCGACGGAAUCUCCUCGUCCGACGACCUAGAGCAAGCCGGCACCACCACUGACGGGGCCAAGAAGCCCCCCAAGCCCCCCAUCACGUACCGAGCCGACAUUGACGGGCUGCGCACCGUGGCGAUUGUGCCGGUACUGCUGUUCCACGCGUAUCCAGAAAGGUUCUCGAGCGGGUUCGUGGGGGUGGACGUGUUUUUCGUGAUUUCGGGCUACCUCAUUUCCAGCAUUUUGUUCAAGGAAAUGGCCAACGGCAAGUUCACGUACGCCAACUUCUACGCGCGCCGCGUGCGCCGCAUCUUCCCCACGAUGCUCGUGGUGCUCACGACCACAUUGUGGCUCGGGUGCUUGUACCUGCUGGCGGACAAACUAAAGGCGCUGGCCGCGACCAUGCUGGCGGGUACAUUGUUCGGGGCGAACUUGCAGCUCGUGAGCUUGGAGCGCGGGUACUGGGACGCUGAUAUCAAGGAGAACCCGUUGCUGCACUUGUGGUCGCUGGGCGUCGAGGAGCAGUUCUACUUUGUCUGGCCGUGUGUUGUGGCGUACGUGGUCAAGCAGCCGGCGACCCGGGCGCUGGGGGUGCAGCUGUUCCUCCUCGUCUUGAGUUUCAUCGUCAACGUGGCAUUGGUAGACGUAGAUGGCUCUAACAAGUACGCGUUCUACGUCCCCGUGGCGCGAUUCUGGCAAAUGGGAGUUGGCUCAUUUCUGGCGUAUCUCCACCACGCAAAGUACUCGCCCCUCAUGUCGACCCCCGAUGGCUUGAAGACGCGACUCUUUUCCGCUUCGGGGGUCCUCCUGCUCGUGCUUGCCUUCGUGUCUCUGGACGAAUCGCGAGCGUUUCCCGGCUUUUGGGCCGUGCUGCCCACAUUCGCUGCCGCGCUCCUCAUUGCCGCGGGCCCCCACACCCUUUUAAACGCGCACGUGCUGUCGGCCACCCCCGUCGUGUACGUCGGCAAGAUCUCAUACGCUUUGUACCUAUGGCACUGGCCCCUGCUCGUCUUUGCCAAGGCGCGAUACCCAAACGAGGACUUUCGGCCGUUCUACAUGACCCCCGCCGCCAUGCUCGUGCUGGCGUUCGUGCUGAGCAUCGCCACCGUGACCAACGUCGAAAUCCCCCUACGCCACAACAAGUCCAAGAGGGUGCUUCCGGCGCUGGUGCUGGGAAUGGUCGUUCUGUGCGUCGUGUCGGCCACAGUGUACGGCAACCCUGGGUCGUUCUCGUUCACGCAGCAAGAGAUUGACGCUCUGCUUGCCCCUUCUUCUACCAGUGGGGGGAGCACGAUUCAAGUGGGGGGUGGACUUGGGGACAAGGAUGGAGUUGUUCUAGCCUCGACGACGGCGCCAUUGGUGGCUGGGGCGUCUGCGGGAACGACCAUGUCACCAUAUAACGUAGAACAAGGGACUGUCACGACAGGGAGCCCCUUGCUUGAAGGCCCGCCAGAAACCAACGUCGGUCCCUCCGCCGCCCCAGUGGCAACGGCUGCUCCGGUUGUCGAACAACCCAAUUCAAGCCGAGGACCUCGCGUUCAGCAACCAACGUACGUCAAAUUGGCGCAAGCAGCAGGCGACUGGAAUCCGGACGUCGGGUUCGAGUGGGUGCCGGAAGGGUCCCCGUUUGGCCGCGACGACCACGCCAAGAUCUUGAACCCGGAUCAGUUCACGCUCAUCGUGGGCUUGGGGGACUCGCACCUGGACCAAGUGAAGCCCCGGUUCAACAAACUGUUUGAAGACGCCAAGGUGGAGGGGAAGCCGUUUCCAACGAUGGUGUUCAAGACCCACGACGGCACCCCCGCGCUCUCAUGCGCGUCCUCGUGGCACCCGUUCAACAUGAACAUGAUCAAGGCCAUGAUGCCCAAGGUGGUGCUGCACAGCAUGAACUGGCCCCAGUUCCUUCGGCCGGGGGGGGCCGACUCGGACCCGUUGCAUGCAGACGCACUGCGCUGCUGCAUCCCUGGCUACGUCGACAGUUGUGACUACCAGAGCCCCAAGGACGUCGUGGAGCUGCUGCGGAUCUUCCAAGCCCAAAUGACAGAGCUCACAGCCCUUGGGAUCAAAGUGUUUGCCGCGACGACCAACCCCGAAGGCCCCUCCUUCGAUCCGAACCAUAUGAAGCACGGGUCCGGGGUCGGAGAUGUCCGGCCCGUGAUUCGGUCGGCCUUUCGCCAAGCGCACCGCGACCUCCUGGACAAGGUCGAGGCGGCGAUUGUGGCGUCUGGGGCGACGCUGAUUGAUUACUCGGACAACCAGUGCUGGCACGACGUGUGCGAAGUCGUGGAUCAACAAGGCGACCCCAUCAUGAAGGACUCCAACCACUUCCGCCCUGGGUUUGCCAGAAACUACCUCAGUGUCCUCGAUCAAGUCAUAGCCGCGGCCUAUGCGAGCUAGGUCCAUGUUGUGGUCGUGCUAUCUUUAACAACUAUUCAAUCCUAGAUACAUAUAUGUACUACAUAAGUAUGUGUUCAAAUGUUAUGGACGC